AUGGCUCCAUUAUCUUUAGGGGAUAAACUAAACCUCUAUUCCAUGAUCGGAACAUGGGUCGGCACCCUCUUCACGCUGGUCGGUCUCAUAGCCGUAGUAGCCCAACUUCGCGCUCUCCUGAGAGGCUUCUCUAACUCUCGCGAUGAGGUCGUCAAAGCAGCCGCAGGUGACUGGGCUAUCUGCCUUCCUAAACUUGGUCGUAUGGACACUGGGGUUAUUGGGGGAAAAGCUCCCUCGUUACGGGCAUGGAUCCAUUAUCAGUACAACGAGGGGAAAGAUAUUGUCGUUUGCCCCUACCAGAGAAAAUCAAUGAGCGGACAAUCGUCAUGGAGUCAGCUUUUUUGUCGUCUUCAAAUCCUUCCGGAAGACCUUCUGAAUCCUGGACACCAGGAUAACCACCCAGUAGCCGCUCCGCAAGUCCCCACAACGGCAGAUAUCCAUGUCGAUGGCUCCAAGAUCUCCUACGGACUCCCAGCUGAGGACUUUGCUGCUCUCCUUAUCCUCGCUGGUUUCUCGCCUUCUCACUUCGACCCGAAAGAGACCACUAAGAAAACAUCACAUUUAGGCCACAUGUACGUAGCUCCCCAUAGCGAUCCGUUCACGCAAAUCGCACAGCUCGAUGGAGCGACUUGGAAUACCUUCAACACGUUUCCUGGCGCGAUGUGGCAGGGGAGAUAUUCAGACCGCUUGAAUGUACGGCAUUGUAUUGAUCUCGCUCUAGGAAUUCUGCGGUUUGAUUGUGCUGGGAAACCCAGCACUCUCCUCUACUGCCAUGCCGAUAGGGGGUUUGUAUCGAAUACUUCUUGGACGACAGUUCAAAUUCGACGUAAUCUGACUGAACUUACGGGAGGAUCGAUGGACGAAAAUCCGAUUUAUGAUGUUACGAGCGCAGCGUCCCCAGACUUUGUCCAACUGUUUGGUAGUCGUUGUCCAGGCAUGAAAGGGCUGCGUUUUGAAAUUAUAUUUCCACCAGAGGGAGAUGAAAUAUUCAGGAUCGCCUUUGGCUUGAAAGCGCUGAAGCCUUGGGGCCUACUGCCGGUCAUCCCAGAAUCAGUAGUCAGCACGUUUUAUCCACAUCUUCAAAAGGUAUUUGCAAAGGAAUCGCCUUCCUCAAUCCUCAUCUUGACCCAAAAAUUCCGGGAAUUACCGGCAACUACAUACUUCAACAUCCCUCACCGAACAAGAGCUACAAUGGACUCAUCUCUCGCCUCCCUAUCUGACGUUGAGACACACAGUUUCUCCGGCCUUAGCGCUCGCUGCUCGCUCUACUACGACGCCAUGAUCUUCGUGUUCGAGAGCCACAAUCUCAAGCUUGCCGACGUAGAAACCGCACUUGCUGCACGCUGCGCGACGAACCUCGCUGUCAAGACAGGGGGACUUUUUCAGAAGAUAUACAAUGAAUCCUAUCAGCAAGUAAAGCCUCAGCAGUGGAAGGUGCAGUUUAGUGCGUUUAUGAGAGAGUGUCUGAAUGGGGAGCCGGUGGAUGACGUGGAGCCUUGGGCCUGUGAGAUUUUGGCGGUGUAUCUGCAUGCUUGGCUACGUGCGGCCAAGGAUCUCAAGGGGGAUUUUAGGGGAAAUUUUAGGAGACGCGUGUUCCUAGGCUAG